ACAUAGCGAGAAGUGUUUCCGGCAAGUUUGACAGAUGUUUUUCCAAAAACCACAAAUAAGAAGAUUCUGAGAAAAUCUGAGCUGCGAAUGUGAAGCAAAUUUGAGAAACCAAAUGGCGACAGCAGCAGAGGUAAGAGAGGGCUUCCUCUGCCCGAUGUGCAUGAAGGAUCUAGGCACAGUCACAAUGCUACAGGGGCACUUCGAGGAGGAGCACUCUAAUGAAGACAAGGAUGUAUUACAACAGUUGAGAGGAUUGUUUGGGAAAGCUAAGAAAAAGAUAUUGGGGGAGAAGGAUGAAGUGGAGGAGGGUGGUUCCUCCAGUUUGCAGUCAUCUGUUUAUAAGAGUCCUGCCACAGGAUCCAUAUCAGGAUAUGAUCCUAGCAUGUGGGAGCCCCAGGAACUAGGUGUAACUCGAGCAUGGACAGAUUUAUUCAAGGCUCACAGGGGAGCAAAAGUGGACAGAUAUGUCGUUGAAACCAACAAAUUAAUCAUUAGGCUGGACAAGCUAACAGGACCAGAUGUUCCAAUGGAAACCAGCAAACGCAGGGCCUAUGAGAAGUCUGUCGUCCAAUGGAUGCCGGACAAUCAGGCCAAAGAGUGUCCUUUCUGUCGCCGCUCCUUCACCCUUACUCGCCGUCGACACCACUGUAGACUCUGUGGCGACAUCAUGUGUGAUAAGUGCUCCCAGUUCUUACCCCACACGUUCGCUAAGAAACUAACCGACCCCACUUUUCAAAACCAAGAUAUUGAAGUGGGAUUUCUCCGUCGAACAGGAAGUAACAGCAGCCUCAAUUCCAUUCUUGGUCCGGAGGGAGAUCCACACAUCAGAACAUGUGAUAACUGUCGCAAGCUGCUGGAACGGCGCAACGAACAGAUAGAACAACGCACAAGCAAACCAAUUGUUGUUCUCUUGUAUGAGAAACUGAAGUCUUGUGUGGACGCUGCAGAAGAGUUGCUAGUCCAGUACAUGCCCAUGGUGGAGUCACUCAGUUGUGGUGAGUCCAUGUAUAGUCUGCAGGAAGCCCAGCGAUACAGAAUAAAAAUAACCAAAUUAUAUGAAACAAUAGAUGGAUUAAGCAAGAAGAUUCUGAACCUAGGCCUCAAUAAUGAAGAGGAGCCUUCACAGAAACAGUUACUUUUACAACGGUCUAUAAGGACUUAUGCUACAAACUUUAUGCAGGACAAUAUGUUAGGCUUACAGUCAUUACCAAGCGAUGAACAAUACUUAAAACUGCAAGAGGCAAGGAAGCUGGAAAUUCAAAAAAGAAUCGCUGCGGAACGGCAAGCAACGUUUGAGGCACAGCAGAGAGAGAAGAAAGCUAAAGAACAGAGGGAACAAAAAGAAAUGGCAUUAAAGAAUGAGCAAUUAAAACAGGCAGAGGCCCGAGAGAGAUCAGGGUCUCAGAAAUUGGCGGGAUGGAUCCCAAAUGAAUCGACACAUAUCAAUUUCAACAAUAAGGACGAUCCCAUGAUUCAGCAGAUGAAUAUAAUACGUAGUUAUAUCAAACAGGCGAGGCAGGCUGGGAAAUUGGACGAGGUGCAAAUGUUAGAACAGAAUCUUAAGGAACUUCAAAAUGAGUACCUUAGACAGCAGAGACAAAACUGGUCUUAAAUUUUAAGGAUCCCUAGUCAUUUAAAAUACUUUUCAUUUAAUACAUGUAUACUGAUAAUAUAUUUUAAUUAAUGUGUAAAAAAUUUAGCAGAAAUUGAAUGUUAAACAAGCUGGUUCAGAUUUGAUUUUGUACAUUUUUAUAAGUAUUAGUGUCUAAUAAAUGUUUAUCACUUUAUGCAGGUCAUUUUGUGAUGUACUUGGCUUCCACCAGAAAUGCUUAAUAAAACACACUGCUUUUGAUAUGUCUGCAGUUACUGUAGUAUAUAUAGAUUGUUUAUACUUAUUAAUAAAUGAUGGCCAUACCAAUUGUUUCGAGUGACAUUGCUUCAGUAUCUAUUUGAUUUUCUGUGAUUUUAUUUUUGAUGUGUUAAUUAUAAUCUGUUGCAAGAUGAUCUGACAAGCCAAAUAUUAACUGUGCUGAUAUUUAAUUUCAACUGCAUAGUAUGUACUUAUUUUCAGCAAAACCUUCAUAGGUAAAAAAAAAAUGAGAGCAAUCACUAUUCAAUAUGGUACAUUUUUUAAAUU